GUCUUUCACUCUUUCCCACCAUAAUAGCUAUCAAUUUGACUAAUUGCCGUCUGUUUUGUCUCAUCGAUUCUCAUGUUUUACUGCUUUGUAUUAUGAACUUUUACUUCCACACACACAUAUAUAUAUAUACCCAUUUCCCUAUGUGUCCUCUCUGCACACCACUUCCCCAAAAAAGAAUAAAUUAGGAACAAUCCUCUUCUUUUUCUCCCUCUCUCUGUUUUACAUAUGGCUCAGGUUCAUGGUAGCGCCACGGCUGGAAUUAAGCUUUUUGGCACUAUCAUUCCUUUGCAGACCAGAAAAGUCAAGGAUCAACCGGAGAAAGGCGGCGGCGGCGGCGGUGAAGGUGAUCAAACAGAGAUGAAGAGGCCUGAAAAGAUUAUUCCAUGUCCGAGAUGUAAGAGCAUGGACACCAAAUUCUGUUACUUUAACAAUUACAAUGUUAAUCAGCCCAGACAUUUCUGUAAGGGUUGUCAAAGGUACUGGACUGCUGGUGGGGCGCUCCGGAAUGUCCCCAUCGGAGCUGGACGACGGAGAGCCAAGCCGCCGCCCAAUUGCCGGACGCUUUCCGGCGAGCUGCCCGAUGAUUAUGGGCAACUUUACGAUGCUGCUUCUGGGAUUAUUCAUCAGCUUGAAUUGGACGCGGUGGAGGGGUGGCAUCUGGCGGUGGCGGAACAGGAUUUUACCCAAGUUUUUCCUCUCAAACGCAAGAAGAUUAUCGGNCUUUUUUUUUUUUUUUUUUUCUAA